UCUUGCAAACCUUAAGGGGAGAUGGCAAUGAUAGGUAGUGGAGGAGAAAGAGUUGGGAAAAGAUGUAGAUGGAGUUCCUCCUCCGAUUCUGCUUUCUCGCAUACGGUGAUCGCGGUCUGGUGUUGUAUAGCGUCAAUUUCGUUGACGAGAAGACAUACAAGAAGAGAAAGUUCUGCCGAAGGUGCUGCAUCGAUAUCCACGACGGAGAUGAAGAAAACAAAGAUGGAAAUGCCGAGCUUGAUGAGGGUGGACUGCGACUGCUCACUCCGUUGAAGUCGAAAAAGAGUAGUUGGUUCCCUAGUUGUUCCAUUGUUGUCGCUCUCGGCUCUGUUGUCUACGCCUUUGGUGGUAUGAUUAAAAGCCCUUACAAGAAAUUCGAAGUCAUCUAUUCUCGUGAGUGCUUCUAUUUUGAUACUAAUCGUCCCAAGGAAGGCUGGAUUCGAGGUCCUCCUAUGCUCAAUGGAAGAGAUGGGGGUAAAGCAGUAGCUGUUGAGGGCAAGAUCUAUGUUUUUGGGGAUGGGAUGCUGGAUGGGAUAAAGAAUGUGGAAGAAUCUGUCUCUAAAGAAGUGGUGGAGGAAGCAACUAUAGAUAAUGCAUCUGGAGAUAUGGUUGCAAUAGACAUGUGAAGUUCCUUGAUAUUGAGGUCAGACCUGCGGGAGCUCUAUUUAUCCUUGUAUUACUGGUUCUUUUUGUUGGUAGUCAUGCAGUAACUCCCUUGUGUAGUAGGUAAUAUUAUAAGAGUAAACUAUUCCCUUUGAGAUGCAUUUAUUUUGGUGUUGGAGUUAUGUAAGCAUGUAGACUUGAUGAACAUGUGUUAAGUGACACUAUUUUAAGUUAUAUAGUUUGGGAAUGAAUU